UUGAACAAAAUGGAAAAUUCAAUCAACAAUAAUUUUCCGAUAGAGAUAAAACGUGUUGAAUCAAAAACUGCCGAAGAAUUGAUGAAAUAUUUCACUGGAGAGCACACCGGAUUCGUACGUGUGGGCCCCAAAGGCUACUUCAUGCCGCAUAAGUACACACAACAAGCCUCCAACAUCUACAACAUGGAAGUCAGACCGAGUGAUAUUUUUGUAACUAGUUAUCCACGAUCCGGAACAACUUGGACUCAAGAACUAGUUUGGAUGGUUGCAAACGACCUGGACUACGAAACCUCUAACGCAAUACCUCUCACUGAACGAUACCCAUUUUUGGAGUUUUCAGUUUUCGUACAUCCUGUUAUGAUGAAACGUUUUCAAGAGGAGAACAGGGACAGCGAGAGAAAGAUAAAACUUUUAGAGUGGGUGACACAACCAGCGACUGAGCAACUCGCUCUUAUGACCAAACGGCGCUUCAUAAAGUCACAUCUGCCACUUUCCUUACUACCACCUAAUCUCUUAGAUACGGCUAAAGUUGUCUACGUCGCCCGCGAUCCUAGAGAUGUUGCUGUAUCUUUCUAUCAUCUCAACAGAGCAAUGCGCACUCAGGGAUACAUUGACGACUUUAAGAAAUACUGGAAAUUCUUUAUUAGUGAUUUACAUCACUGGACUCCAUAUUUUGAACAUCUGAAAGAAUCCUGGGAGAAGAGACAUCAUCCUAACUUAUUGUUCCUGUUUUACGAAGAACUUUCUAAGGAUCUGCCAAAAGCGGUGCGUCGAGUCGCCGAAUUCCUUGGCAAAUCAUUCACAAAUGAACAGAUCGUCAAACUGUGCGAACAUCUCAGCAUUGAUAACUUCAAGAAUAACAAGUCUGUAAACUAUGAUGUGAUGAAGGAACUAGGAAUUUUAAUAGCAGAUGGACAGUCCUUCAUCAGAAAAGGUAAAGCCGGUGGAUGGAGAGAUUACUUUGACGAAGAAAUGGAACAAGAAGCUGACAAAUGGAUGGAAAAAAAUCUACGCGAUACUGACUUACGUUUCCCACAUUUAAAACAAUAAUUAUUCACAGCAUGUAAAAAAAUCUGUCUUAAUUAUUUAAAUAUUAU